AUGUCCCUCACAUUCCAAAGGGUCGGCAACUGGAUGCCAGCAGACCACACAGCCCACAAAGAAUGGCUUGGGGGAAUAAUCAAGAAAGUCGACGACGGCGAGGAGCAACCUCUCCACCCCGUCCUAAAGGAAUUCAAAGAAAUCAUCGAAAGCAACACACGCGUAUACAUGCUCUUGACUUCCAUGUUCAACGAAGUCCCACGCAACAAGCGAUACGGCCAUGACCCAACAGGCAACCCUGAAAUCCGCGACUACUCCCAUUUCCUGAAUGUUAUCAAUCACCUCCUCACCACUGCGCCUUCCUGGACUGACAAGGCACACCGCGUCGGUUUAGUCGGGUUGCCUAUCACUGCCGUCCUCGACUGGCCAAUGGGUACGCCCAGCGGGUAUGCGGCCUUCCUAGAUCCCGAUAUAAACGCGAUGAUCAAGAAGAUCUUGAAUGUGUGGGCCGAGUUCCUGCGCUCUCCCGCUUCUGCUGAGGUGCUGAACGACACCCCUCACGGAUGGUUCGGUAAAACCGGCCGUCGGGAUCUCACAGCCGUUGCAAAGAUAGGCGUGCUGGCUGCGACGGAUUUGCAAUUCCACGAUAUUUUCGAAUGUGACCCUUCUGCGCCAAAUCAUGGAUUCAAGUCGUGGGAUCACUUCUUCACCCGCACCUUCAAGGAGGGAAUGCGUCCCGUCGAAGAUCCGGAUGAUGGAAAGGUUAUCGCUAAUGCGUGCGAAUCACAACCAUAUCGGAUUGCGCCGCAUGCUCGUGCUCGUGACAAGUUCUGGAUCAAGAGUCAGCCCUACUCUGUGCUCGACAUGUUGGGCCAUGAUCCCCUUGCGUCGCAGUUUGUUGGCGGCACUGUUUACCAGGCACACCUCAGUGCGUUGAGCUAUCACCGCUGGCAUUCGCCUGCCAGUGGGAAAGUUGUUAAAGCUUAUGUUGUUGAUGGCACAUACUAUUCAGAACCGCUGUUUGAAGGCCUUGGCUACCCGCACCCCGAGCAGAAGGAUAUUGAUAUAGCGGGCCAGGUUACUUCCCAGGCAUAUAUUACUUCAACUGCGACGCGGGCCCUUAUUUUUAUUGAAGCGGAUGAGCCGGCUAUUGGCUUGGUCGCAUUUAUUGGAGUUGGUAUGGCGGAGGUUUCGACUUGUGAUAUCACUGCCAAGGAGGGAGAUAGACUGAAGAAGGGAGAUGAGCUCGGUAUGUUCCAUUUUGGUGGUUCGACACAUUGUCUUCUUUUCCGGAAGGGUGUUCAUGUGUCUGGGUUCCCAGAGCCUGGCAUGGAAGAGAACAAACCUGUCCGAAGCAAACUGGCGGUUGUCUCGUGA